UCGAAUUGUUAACUGGCGUUUCCCAGCUGAGCACAAAGCACUGAAAGGUCACGUGAUUGCUAAUGUCUCCGUACAGACAAGCAGCGCGUGCGAGACCGCGUGCCACCAAGAGCCGAACUGCGUGUCGUGUAACUUUAACCGCGUGCGAGACCGCGUGCCACCAAGAGCCGAACUGCGUGUCGUGUAACUUUAACCGCGUGCGAGACCGCGUGCCACCAAGAGCCGAACUGCGUGUCGUGUAACUUUAACCGCGAGGAACUAACGUGUCAGUUGAGCGACAGCAGUGAGCAGACACACCCCGAGAACAUGGCAGAUGCACCGGGAUGGACGUACAAGGCAUUUGAGGACUACUGCAUUGGCAAUACUUGUGGUUGGGGUACAACUUGUCAAGUGGGUUACGGGAGCCUCGAGGGCUAUCGAUGUAAAUGUUGUUUCGAUGGCGCACAGUGCACUGAAGGAAACUUCGCUGCACAUUUUCCCCAUGGAUCACAUUACGAUAUGCUGACAUACAAUGCCCAAGUCAUUGAAAUUGACAGCUCUUUCACGGCUUCCGCUUGGUUUAAAACCAGUAUGGCUCCCUCCUCUUCUAUACAGACCAUUUUCAGCGUCAACACUCAAUACCUGGACGGUGCUUUCUUCAUGCGGCUCGGCAGUGGUACCAUAAGGGUGCGCGUUAAAAGCAUAGCCAUAGAUGUCGACUCCAAUGAUCUGAGAAAUGGCAAUUGGCAUCACUUUGGUUUUACCUGGACUCGUGCGACCGGUGACUGGAAGAUCUUUCUAAAUGGCAGCGAAACUUUCCAAGGAACAGCACUUGCUCCCGGCUACGCACUGUUAAGCGGUUACUUCGUGCUGGGACAAGACCAGGAUACUUAUAACGGAGGCUACGAUCCAAAACAAGGGUUUCGGGGCAUCUUGUUUGGGGUGAAUAUGUGGUAACGUGUACUGAGCAAGCACGAGAUUGCCCGCAUAGCCUCGUUUUCAUCCUCUCAGGUGGAGGGGGACCUGGUGAAGUGGUCGGAUUUCUACCCACGUGAUGCCGGUAGUCAGGGAGGAAUCGAGAUAAACUGCCCGGCGAAAUGUACAUAAUUUGAGCCUUAUCGGACGGUUGUCGAACAUUUUCCGAAGAAAUACACUGCUGUUAUCUUA